GCGUAAUACUCUCGUCUUCUUCAUCCUUCCAUCUUCAUCUUCUCCACUCUCAUCCAUGAACUUCAUCACUAAAAUCUUCUUCUCUUUUCUCUUCUCACUUUCCUUCUACUCUCUCUGUGUCCUUUCUCACCUCUUCUCUCCCCCCGACAACUACCUCGUCAAUUGCGGCUCCACCGUCUCCACCACCCUAAUCGACAACCGUCCUUUCUCCGGCGACCUCGCCGGGAAAGAAUCCCCGUUUUCUCCCUCCUCCCGUGCCGUUGCGAUCCGAAAUGAUAACCCCUUUCCCGCUUUGCCACCAAUCUACAACACUGCUAGGGUUUUCACAAGCCCUGCUAGGUACUCUUUCCCCAUCAGAGACAGAGGGACCCACAUGGUGCGUCUUCACUUCCACGCCUUCAAUUCCUCAAAACUCGACCUUGGUCGCGCUCAAUUUCACGUCUUGCUUGAUGGACAUGUCGUUUUGAGCAAUUUUACCCGUUUGGUAAAUGGUGCCCAAGGAAACCCUAGGAUCGUUGAAUAUCUCACAUGGGUCGAUGCUGAAAAGCUCGUGAUUGUGUUUGUGCCUAGCAAAGAUUCGAAAUUGGCGUUUAUCAAUGCCAUUGAGGUGAUUUCUGCUCCCAAAGAUCUUGUCCCUGACACAGCACAAUAUGUUAGUUUAGGGAAAAUAGAGAAUUUUGAUGGGUUAAACAAGCAAGCUCUUGAAGUUGUUUAUAGGGUCACUGUUGGGGGUCCUAAAGUUACCCCUUUUAAUGAUUCCUUGUGGAGAACUUGGGUUCCUGAUGAUGGGUUCUUCAAAUCAAGUGUUGGGUCUGAAAAGCUUUACUUUGGUGGGAGGAUUAAGUAUCGUGUUGGAGGGGCUAGUCGUGAGGUUGGACCUGAUAAUGUGUAUAAUAGUGCUAGGUUGAUCAGAAGUAAGAAUGAUUCUGUUCCUAAUGUUAAUAUGACUUGGGUGUUCCCAAUUGUUGGAGGAUAUAAGUACCUGGUUCGGUUGCAUUUCUGUGAUAUUGCUAGUAUGUCACUUAGUUUGCUUUAUUUCAAUGUUUAUGUCAAUGGGUAUUUGGCCUAUGAAGAUUUGGAUCUCUCUUAUGUUACAAAUUCGCUGGCUUCGCCGUUUUAUGCCGACUUUGUGGUUGAUGGAGAUAGCAGUGUAGGGGCUUUGAGUGUUAGUGUAGGUCCUUCGAAGAACAGCAUUCCACAUGUCAUUGACGGUAUAUUGAAUGGCGUUGAGGUUAUGAAGUUGAACAAUUCUCACAAUAGUCUUGAUGGAGAGGUUUGUGCUGAUUUCGUUCUGAAGAGCUGGUCAACAAGAAAUACAGGUAUUUUGUUUACCUUGGUGGCUGCUGUAUGCAUUGUUUUAAGCUUGUCCAUAGUGAUUCGUAGAAGGUUGAUUGGGUCAAGGGAGUCUGUAUCAUGGUCAAGGUUGCCUGUGAAUUUAUCGGAUGAUAGUGUUAAAAUUGGCAAUAUAUAGUUAUAUCAAAAGAAAAGACAAGAAGAUUAGCAAUAUAUAGAUUUAUCGGAAGAAAAGAAAAAGACCGGCAAUGUUUAGUCAGCAAGUAAAUAAGUUGUGUGUAAACUAUCACCAAAUGUAGCCAUCUAAGGUGGCAUUCAUAAGUAAAGAGAAGCAUGAAGGAACAUGCUGCGAAUCAAGCUAGAAAGGAAGACAUCUUGAAAGCCCGACUGUGACCAAUUUUUUAGUUUUUAGGGAUUGUUGUGCUAUAUCUAAGCUGCCUUAUUUGUUUAUAUCAUAUCAUAAUAUUAAGCAUUAAGGCAUACCUUUUGCCACUAGACUUUGUUUAUUUAUCAUUGUUCAUUUUGCUCUGUUUUAUAAUGUAGCUUUUAUCAUUGUAAUUGUUUGAACUUUGGAAAAUAAUUAUGUAACUUUCAUAUUGAGUGAGAAUAUGAGUUUGCUGAUGCCUCAAAAUAAUGAGAUUUGGCAAGUAUUGUUGGAAUUAAUCAUGGAAAAAUUUCUAAUUCCAUGAGCACGCUGAAAAGUAUUAUCCCAAGUCUGCUGGAAACUGCUGAAAAUUUUCAUUGGAACUUCCAGCUUUUCCGGAGAACUGCUGACAUUCUCCUUGGAUCUACAAAAUUUGUGAGACUCGCAAAUUGCAUGUUUUCUCCGCUGUUGAAUGAUUGCUUGUUCAUCAAAUUUAGACAAUUAACAAAUGCUUUUUAACACACACACACACACACACACACAUAUAUAUAUAUAUAUAUAUAUACACGCGCGCGCGGCAGGGUUGACACAACAUUCUGAGCUUUAUCAUCUUCAAGAGAUGUUUGUUUUUUCCCCCUCUUUUGGGUGGAAACUUCAAAUGAUGUUCACUUCAGGCAAAGAUUUUGAGUUGUGCCUUCCAAAUUUGGGUCAUUUUAGUUUUGCUGUGCACUCACACUACUGAACAGAACACAAAAAAAUCCAUUUGAAGCAGUGAUGCAUUGGUUUGUGAGGAAAAAAAAAAGGGUGUGAGAAAGAGGAGGAAAAAUAUAAGAGGUGCGUCGACUAAAGUUUUGUAAUCUCUAUGUUAAAAAUAUCACUAUGUAGAAUCACUCACUUGCAGUCGUGCCUUGUGCCCACGAACAAACUUCACAAUAUUUCAGUUUAUUCCUCCAUCCAAGUCUUCUUUCAAUUUUAGAGCCAGGUAAUAUUCGAUCUCCGUUUAUCCUAAUGAAUACAGUAUAAUUCUUUUUUUAAAGGAAUCAUUUUUUUUAUUGAGAACAUUUGCAACAUAGGCAUUGGCAACACUCGACUUCCAGAUUAGACCUUAUUUGUGAGGAGUAAUGCUAAACUAAACAGAUACCCAUCACCUUAUAUUUGCUAUUUUCAAUAUUAGAAAUGCAUCUAGUCUCAUUAUUUUCUGCAUGCUUUUAUUUUGUUUCAGCACGUAUAUUUGGGGUGUCAAAACGGCCAGCUUGACCUGCCAAAAGCUUGCCUAAGAACAGGCUAAGCUCGCUUCAUUUAAAAAAUGGGCUAAUUUGUUUUAGUCUGACCCGUUUAAAAGUGGGUUAACAGGUUAGUGAGCCAGCUCGUUA